ACUAAAAACUUCUUUCAAAAAAUACAAGGAGGAUUCUCCUCGCUUCCUUUUCCUCACCCUCGCCGUUUCAAGUUCAACAGUAGAAAAGAUCCCCUCUUUGCCAUACCACCAUCGACGGCAUUGAAUUCCUCCGAUUCUAGGGUUUCGUCCUCAACCCAGAUCGUCACUUUCCAAUUUGAGUGGAAGCUGGCUGUAAAUUUUUGUAGAGAGAGAAAUCGGCAUAAUGGCAGUUGACAAGGACAAGCUUCAAGAAGAAGCUUCGGUUAUUCGUUUUUGCAAAAUAAUUCUAGGCUGGGACUUUAAACAGCUUAUGCAAGAAUAUGAGGGGAAAGGCAGAAAGAAUUCUAAUUUGAGGUUAAAGGAAAUAAAAGAUACUUACGAAGAUGUUGAUGAUUAUUUGGAGACAUUUGAGCCACUUCUAUUUGAGGAAGUUAAAGCUCAAAUUGUGCAGAGAAAAGACAGUGACGAAGCACCGGAGUGUAAAAUGAGGCUAGUAAUGGAGUGUAGCGAGGCUGAUGGGUUUCACUUUCCACUAGUCACAUAUGAAGCAGAUGAGGACGAGUCGAUUUCUCAGAAUGAUUUUUUGAUGUUAUCGAAAGAGGAGGUUAAAGAGAAUUUUUUUCCAUCGUCCUACGCGUUUGCAUUGGUGGAACAUCGCCAAAGGAAUCUUCUACGUCUACGCAUGUAUUUAGCUGAAGAGAUGGUGCAGAUAACCAAAAAUAUUAAGCCCUCAAGAACAGCAUCAUAUAUCCAAGCCCUAUCAAAUAUGAGGACUCUUAUUACAUCAUCUGCUAGCGCCGUAGAGAAAAGAUUGUUUAGUUUAAAGUUAUGUAGCUUAUCAACAAUUAUCCGGGAAUAUGUAGCAUUACGGUCGGUCAGCUCUCUCCCUUUUAAGGAUUUAAUACUAACUACAGCAGAAAAAUCUUGUGGUUACGGAGAUGAGGCGUGGAAAAUAUCAGAACCUCUGCAUGAAUUCUUUAAAGAAAAUCUCAAUAAAUCCCAAAAAGAAGCUAUUGAUGUUGGUCUCUCAAGAAAAUCUUUUGUUUUAAUACAGGGUCCUCCGGGUACUGGAAAAACUCAGACAAUUCUGAGUAUCCUCAGUGCCAUUCUGCAUGCAACUCCAGCUAGAGUCCAAUCUAAAGGUGUAGAGCGUGCAGUGAAGCGUGGACUUGAAAUGACCACUGAAGAGAAAUACAUUCACUGGAAACGAGCAUCUCCUUGGCUAUUUGGUGGCAACCCCAGAGAUGCUAUAAUGCCUGUUGAUGGUGAUGACGGCUUUUUCCCAACCACUGGAAAUGAAUUGAAACCAGAGGUGGUUAAUGCCAGUCGGAAGUAUAGAAUACGUGUACUUGUUUGUGCUCCAUCAAACUCUGCGCUUGAUGAGAUUGUGUUACGGCUUCUAACUACCGGUCUUCGUGAUGAAAACGUCCAAACGUAUACGCCCAAAAUCGUACGGAUUGGUCUCAAGCCACAUCAUUCAGUCAUGUCAGUAUCGCUGGAUCACCUUGUGGCUCAAAAACGUGGCUCGGCAUCUGAUAAACCAAAACAAGGAACCGCAGGAACUGAUUUGGAUAAUAUACGUGCUGCGAUUCUGGACGAGGCUGCAAUUGUGUUCUCUACACUUAGCUUCAGUGGUUCUGCUCUUCUCACCAGAUCAACCCGUGGUUUCGAUGUUGUUAUAAUAGAUGAAGCUGCACAAGCUGUUGAGCCAGCAACUCUUGUCCCUCUGGCAACAGGAUGUAAACAAGUAUUUCUGGUAGGAGAUCCAGUUCAACUUCCGGCCACUGUGAUCUCUCCUGUCGCUGAGAAAUUUGGCUAUGGUACAAGCUUGUUCAAGAGACUUCAAAGGGCUGGUUACCCAGUAAAAAUGUUGAAGACCCAAUACCGGAUGCAUCCACAGAUAAGAUGCUUCCCUUCAAAAGAGUUCUAUGAUGAGGCACUGGAAGAUGGAUCUGACAUUGAAGCUCAGACAAGCCGUGAAUGGCAUAAAUACCGUUGCUUUGGUCCAUUUUGCUUCUUCGAUAUACACGAAGGAACUGGAUCUUGGAUAAAUCUAGACGAAGUGGAAUUCGUUCUUCUCAUCUACCAUAAACUCGUAUCCAUGUACCCGGAGCUUAAAUCAAGUUCUCAGCUAGCUAUCAUAUCUCCAUACAGCUACCAAGUUAAAACUUUUAAGAAUCGGUUCAAGGAGAUGUUCGGUGUGGAGGCAGAAAAAGUUGUCGAUAUAAACACAGUCGAUGGUUUCCAGGGAAGGGAGAAGGAUGUUGCAAUAUUUUCAUGUGUCAGAGCGAACGAGAAAGGAGGGAUAGGUUUCGUAUCUGACUUCCGGAGAAUGAAUGUCGGGAUUACACGAGCUAAAUCUUCAGUAUUGGUUGUUGGUUCGGCUGCAACGUUGAGGAAUGAUGAACACUGGAGAAAUCUCAUAGAAAGUGCUGAGCAGAGAAAUCAACUAUUCAAGGUAUCGAAGCCGCUGGCCUCGUUUUUCAGCGACGAGAAUCUAAACGAAAUGAGAGUGAAGGAGAAAGAUGUAGAAAUGAUGGCCGAAGCAUCGGGUUUCGAAGAAGAGACGGUUCCAGUCGCAAUGUACGGCGGAGAUGCAGAACAAGAGCAAGAACAGCAUGACGACGACAACUAUGGCGACGGCUAUGCAGAUCACGGCGGCGACGGUGGCGACGGCGAUGUCUGAUCAUAAGACACAUCACAACACAUUUGGCCUUCUUACCUCUUUCCGUCGGUCGGAGUACUUGUCGGUACGGAAAGUUUUUGGCUUCUUCGUUCCAAGGAACUUGCAGUUACAGCGCGUACAAGAGAUUUUGUGAGAGCAAUUUUGUUUUAUUUAUUUAUUAUAUAAUAAUAAUUAAAAGUCCGAAAAUUACAAAUAA